CGAGCGGAGGGACACGCCCCCCGCUCCGUCCGCGUAUUUCAUCUGCGGCUCCGCUCUGGUCUGUCACUGCUAACGCUGCUAAGUCCAACACAAACAUGGCUGCUAACCGGGUGCUGGUUUACGGCGGAAAAGGGGCUCUGGGCUCCAAGUGCGUCCAACAUUUCAAGUCCAAAGGCUGGUGGGUUGCUAGCAUCGAUUUGGCAGCUAAUGAAGAGGCGAAUGAAAAUGUUAUAGUGAAGUUGACUGAAUCCUUCACCGAGCAGGCAGGACAGGUUUCAGCAGAUGUGGCCCAGUUGCUAGGGGAACAGAAAGUCGAUGCCAUCCUUUGUGUGGCUGGAGGAUGGGCGGGAGGAAACUGCAACUCCAAAGAUUUAUACAAAAACACAGAUUUGAUGUGGAAGCAGAGUGUUUGGACUUCCACCAUCUCCAGUCACCUCGCUGCUCGACAUCUGAAAGCGGACGGACUGUUGACUUUGGCCGGAGCUAAAGCUGCCCUCUCAGGCACUGGAGGUAUGGUUGGCUAUGGCAUGGCCAAAGCUGCCGUCCACCAGCUGUGUCAGAGUUUAGCGGCCAAGAACAGCGGGAUGCCAUCAGGAGCUGCUGCUGUCACAAUACUGCCGGUUACCUUGGAUACGCCGAUGAACAGGAAGUUCAUGCCUGAUGCAGACUUCAGUUCCUGGACACCGCUGGAGUACAUCGCAGAGUUAUUCUUCAACUGGGCCACCGGAGUGGACCGGCCGGCCUCGGGGAGCCUCAUGCAGCUGCUGACCUCUGGAGGUGAAACCCAGGCUGUGGCCACACAGUAGAGGACAGAGUGGAGCUGUGGAAACGGGGGGCCGAGGCGGAGAGUCGGAUAAAGAUGGAUGUUAGCAGAGAUGGAGACUGGUGGUGACAAGAGGAUAUAGGGGAGAAAGAGGGAGUUGGAGGGUGUAGAGGUGAAGAGGAGGGAUGACGACUGAGAGAAACUGAAUAAAAGAAGGAGGUGGAGAGGGCUAAAUGGUUUGUUGUGAGGGCUUGAAUAGGAGGAGGUGGUGGUGGUGGAGGGGGGGGGGCUAAUGGUGCAAGUGCAGCCUCACAGCACCAUCUAGCUGUGGAUAAUUCUUUUAAACAGUCAAACCAUUCAGAUUGUCCCAUGGAAAUCUGGAACUGCAGCCAUGGAAAUACACCAGUGGCCAGUUUGGGACUCACUGAAGAGAAACUGUUAAAUUUAAAAAAGAAAAAAACACAAACUAUCAGAUUGUGUCUAAGAUGCACAAAUUUGGGAUACUGUGUCAUUGUAAUUCUUUAUCGUACAGUGUUUUAAAUCCUAAUGUGAAAAUCAUCCACAUUCUUCUUGUUUUCCUCUCCCUUAAAAGUUCAUAUUCAUUCCUAAUGUUUGUACCUUAGAACCAAAAACACACCUAACAGUAUCCACCCUUUGUGAUAUUCGUAGACUUUUUACUUUGUGCUGUUUCGUCCCUGAACGUCCUCUGCAACUGCACAACCUCGAAGUCAAAGCAAGCCGCUGUCUUCUCGGAAACGGACAACACGCUUUAAAGUGGAGUGGCCUUAGUUUAUGUUUGUAGCUUUCAAAUCCAAGUGUCCUUGGUGUCCACAGUUUGAAAAAGGUGCUGUCUGUCCUGUUUUCUAAGUUGUAUAUUGUAACUGUGUCAAAUCAACAAGAAAAAUGAAUAAAAAAUAAACAAUCUAUGGAGGUUUAAGGUUCAUUCUUCACCUUGGAAAAACAAUCUUACUUCAAGGUCUAUUUGGUCCCUAUUUUAAAGCUUUUCAUCAGGUGAACUUCAUCAGCAGAUGUGUAGUGCAUUGUUCCCUUGUCAAAGCCUUGCAGGAAAUAAAAACUUCAUUUACUGAA